UCAUGAAACCUGUAGAAAUUAUUUGUGCAGUAAAUUAUUUCAAAAUAAAUUAAAAACCAAUGAAACAUGCGUCAAAUUAAAGAGGGAACUCCAAACAACAGUCUUCAAAAAUAAAUAAGUAAAAAUUGACAUUUUAUACUCAUACCACAUUUUGUACUCCCCUUAAACCCAACGAAUUUUAAAGAAGAUCCAGAUGUGCUGUUUUUAGUUUGGUCAUGUGUUCCAGGAAUAUUAUGAGUGCUAGGAUAUCCAAGAAUCCUGCAUUGCCGAAGACAUUAUGACAAAAAUGUACAGUGUAACUCAGAUACAAUUUGUGUGUGUAUUAUUAUGACUGUUAUACAAAGUGCUCAAAAUGUUGACCUUGAGCAUUGAUACAUGCUAUAAAGUGAGUCCAGACAGACAAUACUGCACAAUGGAUUUAAUCUGGAUGUAUCACAGCACAGAAUGUUACCUGAAAAUUAUGUCACUUUCGAAGCAUACUUUCGGGAUGCACUUGCCUUCCUGAAGGAAUAUGACUGGCUUUAUUCAUGUCCAGUAACAGAAAUUUUGAUUAAUGAUAUUCUGAACAAAAUACCCUCUGAAUGGUGUGAAGCACUUUUAACUCUUUCAAAUGAAGAAUUAAAUCAGCUCCCUACAGGUUAUAUUAAGGAUGACUGGCCAGAGUCACUAAAAUAUUUCUGCAAAAUGUGCCAAAAACUAAAGUCGGAAGUUAAAACAUAUGUUUUAAAGGAAGAGUUAUAUUGCAUUCCUUCUAUUAUAUGCCAUCGAUUAUCUGAGAAAAAGCUCCAUGAAAUAUGUCAUUUGGCUCAAGUUAUUCAUGACGAGUGUCAAUCAGGUGGCAUUAGAAGAAUCGUUGAUUUUGGAUCUGGAAUGGGAUAUGUUGGCCAGUUACUUCAUGCAAAAUAUGGAUACACUGUGCUGGGUUUAGAAGCUAGGCCUGAACUGGUUGAGGCAGCUGCCAGACGUCAAACAAAAAUUUGCUCAGCUGCACAAGUAGUUUACACCACAGUUGAAGUAAAUUCAGAUACUGAAGGGAACAUUGCACAAAUAAUUGAAGAUAAGAUGCCCCCUGAUUGUUUGCACCAGUGUCAUUCUGACUGGCCUGGGGGUGAUAUCAUAUAUAAUCUGAAGUCUGCCAAGAAAAACAAAAAUUCUAGUGAAAAGAGCAAAAUGGGCAUUAUUUCUAAAGGACGGAGUGGAAGUAAAGGAUUAAUUAAAAUCACAGAAUCUAGAACAACUGAUCAUUGUUGUGAAAUGAACUGUUGUCCCUCAAAGGAUAAGACCAAAUAUGACAACAUAGGACACAUCAAUGUAAAUACCGCAAAUGAUGGAAAAGUUUAUUCACAAGAAACUGAAAGUAAUGUGACCUCACUGUGUGCUGAUAACACAGCAAAGGUAUCCACUAAACCAGAUAGUGGAAGAACUAUAAAAAGAGAGGCUCAAGACUCUGUCUGUCUGAUUGGGCUUCAUGCAUGUGCUGACCUCAGUGCAAAUGCAGCAAAGAUAUUUGCUAUGGUCCCUACAAUCAGACGUUUGAUAAUUGUUCCAUGUUGUUAUCAUAAGAUGUCAGCAACAACCUCUUCAGAAAGAGAAGAUAUAUAUCACCGACCAAACUUGGCUCUGACCGACAACUUCAAAAGACCUAGUGUACAAAGUACAAAGCAAGAGAAAAUUAAUUUUUUUCCAAUGAGCAGUACUUUAAAACAGUGCAUUAAAGAAUUUCCUUCCAAAUUUCAUGUUGUCUUGCAGAAACCUUUCUUGAGACUUGCAGCUCAAGAGACAGGGAUUAGAUGGAAGUCAGCUUCAAAAGAAGUUCAUGACAUCCAUGCCUUAAAUCUAAUGGCUCGAGCAGUAUUAUACCUAUGUGCUUACGAAGGUGGAUAUAAUGUUCUAAAGAAACAUCGACAUGGAGUUAGAAAAACUGAAAACUCCAAAUUUGGUGCAGUGCUGGAUGAUAUGGUAUCACGCUACACAUUUACUGCUGCCAGUUCAGGAACGGAGGUAGCAAAUGAGGAAGUUCGGCAGAAAAUAUUAGUACUAUGGGACCGACACAAGAAUUUAUGCAGUUUAGCUGAAGUAUUCACUGCACUGCAGCUUACAAUUCAGGGGACUGCUGAGAGUUUUGUUUUGUUGGAUAAAAUUGCUUACCUGAAGGAGACAACGAGCUACCAUGUGUCGUGUGAUCUGACAAAAGUGAUGAAUGAACAAAUCUCACCUAGAUGCCAUACUAUAAUAGCAAGGAAAGAGAGUCUCUAGUAACAUCUGUCAGUUUAGAUUUCUGUAAUUGCAAAUCAAGCGUGUUGCUAUGCAUGACUGGUCGAAACAAUUUUGUCGAAAGACAAUAUUUGUUCUGCUCGCGGACAGUUGAAGCAAAAUCCGGUAAAUGUAAACUGUGCUUUGCUUCUGAGAGACUUGAAGGGAGUAUAAGAAUGUAGGACAUCAUUGUCAAUGAUAAUAAGAGAGGCUUUCCUGCAAGAAGAAAGACUUGUAGGCAAGCUCUUGCCACCACAACCCACAAUAGAUGAAAUUAGUGGUUUUCACAACAACAUUAACUCCUGAUUAUUGCUCUAUUUGAGCCAGCUUUGUCAGGGAGAAGGAACUUCAAGACAGAGGCAAAAAGGAAGAACACUAUUUUGAAGAAGUAUACCACAAUGGAAAAAGAUGGCCAAACAGUAUUUGUAUAUGCUGCAACAUUUCACUAUGCAGUAAUGAAGGAGGAAAAUUGAAAUGUAGUUGAUGUUGUAUUGGUGUACAACAGGAGCAGCCAAUAACAAAGCUCUCCAUAGGUGAUGUACUCUAUUCUACACAGGUUUAGCUACACAAUUUGUGUGUAUCAUGAUUCAUUACCAAGCACAACAAAAUGAAAAGACUGCUUUUUAUACUUGGCUUGAAACAAGACCAAAAGGAUGCAAACAAGUUGCCUCUGCUGGAAAUUUUGAGGCAUUCCAGCCAGAAAAUGGUCCAAAUAAAAUUCCAGUUAGAAUAAAAAUACAGUAAUGAUGUGCUCACUAAUGGCCUUCAUGGAUGAAAGCAGACAAUUUAAUAAGAUGGUACAUUAUUUCCUAAGUCAUGGUCGUGACUAUAAUCCUGACCAAGUGUUUGGUAGGAUGAAUAAAGACUACCAGAAAAAGAAAGAUAUUCUCUCAACAACUGAAUACUAUAAAGUUGUGGAACAACAUGGCAGUGUCAAGAUACUGGGAAGCAAAGGAUUUUGAGCCCAGUACACUUGAAGCCCUACAAUCUAAGAUCCCUUUCAAAAUAACUGCUGAGCAAGUUGUGGCUUAUGAAAAGUCGAAGAACAUAUUGUUGUCAGUAUUGGACAUUUAUAAUGGAAAAUCUGUAGAGGUUUAGGUACAGAAAUCCAGAAACCUCAGCCAAGAAAUGAGGAAAGUAAAAAAGUAGUAUGUCUCUAAUUUUAUAAGGCAUUUUAAUAUAACUGAAGGAGCUGAAGAGUUUUAUAAGGACAUUGUUGAAAGUGGUGGGUGGAUUUCCAUUUUAGUACUGUUGUAGCCAGUAUUUUUUGUUGCAUUUCAACAGUGUUUGUUGCUGUUUUGCACUUCUCCUUACCAAACAUUUAUGAAAAAGUGUGAUAAAAUCUUAUAAUGAAGUACGUUUUGUGUUUCUAUGCUAAAUGGACUAUAAAAUAGCUUUCUUUGUAAUUAAUGUUAAAGAUAAAAAUGAAAUAGAAAAAAUGAUUUUAAAUGUGUAUAUUAAUGAAACUUUUGACUUUUGAACAAACUUUGUCCCACUAUUCUGAAAUAAACAAUGAAAAUUUUAUGAAAGUCAAACACACAAUCAGUAUCAAGCCUACAAAAGCUGUGUAAAUCUCAAUUUAUCUUUUUUUUAUAAUUAGUACUUUCGUACAUAUUUGAAAAAUUUACCUUUAAUAUUUAUCGAGUUUUGAAAAAAUGCUAUGCUGUUGAGACACACGGGCAUCAAAGGAGAGACCUUAGUAGGCAACCAUCAUGUUGGAGGUGAGUGGUUCCCUCUUCACAUAGUCAAUGUUUGAUAAUAACCAUCAUUUCACGAGCUUAUUGCCACCAUUUGUGGUUGAGUGUGUCAGAUCUAGCUAUUUAGUGUAGAAUGUCAGCUUUUUAAUACUGAUGUCAGCUUUGUAAUACUGUUGAUGAUGAUCAUGGAGGGAAUUUGGUGCCAGCAUGUAAUUUGUUUAUUUCUAAUAGCACCUGACACCUUCCACAACCAGUAUUAAAACUGGUUACCUUAGAGUACCGUGAUAAUAACCAAUGUUAAGGUAGAAGUUUAAUGUUGAUAGGAAAUUGGUGAGGCGUAUAUUUGGUGACUGUGAAUAUAUUCUACUGUGAAAUAAAGUAAAGCUCAUAGCAAGAUACACAAGUUCUCAUAUUAGAUCAAUGUUUUAUUUUACAUGUCUAUAGCUCUGUGUGGAAGCCUUCUAUACGUUGUGCCCAGCUUUCCGUAUAUGUUGUGGGAAAGAUAUAAAGCACCGAUAACAAAAUGCACUUUCCUGCUUUAAGCUUAGCAAGUUUAUUGCAGGGCUCUCAUAAAAAAAUCUACAAACAACAUUGCAUGCCUGUGAUGUUAACUAGUGUAUAUUUCAAGACAUAAAGGAAUUAAUGACACUAGCUGCCUGUCAGCAUUGAUUUGAAUCAAUGGGAAAGGUUGAAAAUUUGUGCUGCACUGGGAUUUGAAUCCAGGUCUCCUGCUUACUAGGCAGAUUGCCUGAUCCCUGUGUCAUCCGGACGCAGUGGUCAUCGCAAUUGCAUGAACUAUCCUAGCACGCCUCCCAACAGACCCAAAUUCUCAACUUAUACACACACUUCUGAUGUGGUGCCUCUUGCCCAUUAUUCUUAUUACUCAUGGCAUUUCGCCGAUUCCCACAAAAGUCCGUUUGUCGUGUGCAUGCACUAAAUUGAUCAUUACAUGUCUGCAGAACAGACAUCACACAUACAAUUAAGGCGGCAGCCAAUGGCCACUUCAGUGUGGAUGCACACCUCACAUGGACUCUAAUGGGAAUUGGCGAAAUGGCAAGAGUAAUGAGGAUAGCGGGCAAGCAUCAGUAGUGUGUCUGGGUCUGUUGGGGGCAUGCUCGUCUGGUCCAUGCAGUUGCGAUGAUCAAUGGGUUUGAAUGGCACAGUGGUCAGUGCAUAUGCCUAGUAAGCAGGAGGCCUGGGUUCAAAUCACAGACUGGCACAAAUUUUCAACUGAUUUAAACCAAUGCCCACUGGCAGUUAACGUCAUUAAUUCCUUUCUGUUACUUGAUUCAUAGUGGCCCCAGGAUCAAAAUGGUGUCUAUUAUUUCAUACAUGUCCGAAAGGAUGGACACCACAUAUUUAGUGUAUAUUUGAGAAAACAUAUCCAAGUCUGCCACAGUGCCUCAGCAAAUAAAGACAAGUUUGGUUUAAUAAUAUCAAGAUUGUAGGACAGCAAAGAAAACUCAAGUCCACAGAAAAUACUUUUUAAGCAAUGAUUUCGUGAAUUAUUAUAUAUAUCUUUAUGGUAUACAAAAACUGACAAAUACAUCAAUUGCACAUGAAUUUCUUCUUGGUGUGCCCCAUUUUACUAAGGCACACCAACAAACAGCUGCUACUAGCAAAAUAUGAAAGAGAAUGUUAACAAAGGAAUGAUUAAGAUGGGUUUGCUCAAAUAUGCAAUGAAAUGUGUUCCUGUGAAAUUCUCCCCCCUCCUACUUGACUUGCUUUCAACUAAGUUGUUCUCCCUGCAAAUUAUUAUUCAGACUGAAUGAUUCUGGUGCCAUGACUCGGAAAAUACAUCUUAGAAUAUGAAUCACAAACACAUCAUAGAAAUGGCAUGCAGCAGAGGCAAAAUUUAAUUACUUUGUAACCAAAAGGAGUACUUACUCUAGCAAAAUUCUGAGAAUAUUUAUCACUAUCAUCAUCUUCACAACUCAACAAUGAUUGUCAAAGUAAUGUUGAGUUGUGAAAAAGGAAGCACUCUCUUAUUUUCCUCCUUUCAAAUAGCAAAUAUGAGGUUGGGUUAGGUGUUAGUGUUGUUUACUGUCCCGUCGACAACGAGGUCAUUAGAGACAGAGCGCAAGCUCGGGUUAGCUAAGGAUGGGGAAGGAAAUCAGCCGUGCCCUUUCAAAGGAACUAUCCUGGCAUUUGCCUGAAACAAUUUAGGGAAAUCACGGAAAACCUAAAUCAGGAUGGCUGGAGAUGGGAUUGAACUGUCGUCCUCCCGAAUGAGAGUCCAGUGUGCUAACCACUGCGCCAAGCAAAUAUGAGGAAAGCAAAAAUGGCAGUAUUUGUGUGUAUUACAACACUGUUGUUUAUGUACAAACUAUAAAUGCCAAGCUACUGAAUGUUAUUACUAUAAUAGUCUACAUUACUCAAAAUAACUGACACAUAAAGGUACACUAGUUAAGUGACGAGUUACUUUCUUUUCUAUACUGAUUAUGAAGGCAGUAUUGCGUGGGACACAGUAACUCUGUGGCAAUGUGGAAACAAAUCUUCAGGAAAAUUUGUAGCUGACACCCAUAAAACUUUGGGUGCUGCCAGCUUGCUCAACAGUCUGAUGCCCAUGAUUUUAUAGGCGUUCUUUCUCAGUGCACCCCUUUGCUCAUUUCUGUUACUACUAGAUAGUGCAGGCAUGCUGAGAAAGUAUGACUUGCCUCUAUUUGCCUCUCUUUUUGUGUGUCUUUACAGCAGUACAUUUCUGCUAUGCCAGCUCAUGAAAUUGCUUUUUUUUUUUUUUUAAGUGACAGGUAUUUUCCUCCUAAAAAAUCAAAACAACAACAUAGUAUGUGGCAAGCAUCUGUUGAGCUCUUGCAGAAAGCUGAGCUCUCAAACCAAGCUUCAAAGCAUAAAGAUUCUCCAGGUUAUCAACCAGAAACCAUUUCCUUAAAAAGACAGAGAGAAUGAAGGAAGGGAGAGAAACAUAAACAAUUCAUAAUGUGCUCUCAGAUAGGCAAGACAUUAACUGAAAAAGUGUGGCACAGAAACACAAGCUACUAGUGUAACGAAUGUGAAGCAGCCCUUCACAAAUUACCAUGUUUUAAAAUGUAUCACACAAAACAAAAAUUGUAUUCUAAAAGAGGUCAUUGUACAUAAAACAAACUGUAUGCUUCAUUAUUAUAUUAAUUUCUGUAAUAGAAUAAAGUUGGAUUCUGGAAAAUUAAGAAUGUGUAUUUUUAACAACAAAGUUAUCAGUAAAUUACUUUAUGAAUGUAACAAUAUUAUGAAAAGGACAGUUGCCAAACACCAUAUAAUGGAGAUGUUGAGUCACAGAUAGAUAGACACAACAAUAAAGACUGUCACAAAAUGUGCACUUUCGGCCAACAAGGCCUUUGUCAAAAAAAUACCUCCCCCCCCCCCCCCCCCCCACACACACACACACAUGAUCACGGUCUCUGGCAGCUGAAACCAGACUGUACAUAUUUAGCACGAACAAAGUACUACAAGCCACUUUAAAACAGAAUGAGCAGAUUUUCUAUACCAUUGUUAUUAUUAUAAUCGUUGCAGUGGUUUGAAAGUCACGUUUUUUGUUAUAGGUUCACUUGUUAUGGCUCAUGACCAAAAGCAUGAAUAAGAAUUUCUUCCAAAAUUUUUCGAUUGUUGUAAUGUAAACAAUGUACAAUCAUCUGUACAUUCGGCCACAAUAAGAGGAAAUGAAUGCAAUUAAAUACCCACCCUUCUUUUUACAUCUGAUUAGCCCUGCAAGAACUAAAUUCAUUCAUAAAUCUGUGCUGCUGUAUAUGAAUGUGUUUCUAGUAAAUGCUGAACUGAGGACAUGUAAAAAAAAAAAAAAUAAAAAAAAUAAA